AAACUUAAUGUAUUGGGUUGUGUUCACAUUAUGUUCACAAAUGAAAUAUUAUUGGAAGUGAAUGAAAUAAGUGGAUCCAUUCCAUUGGAAUUCGUGAAAACUAUGCACAAAAAUGACCACCAGAAUGGGCCAAAACGUAACAUUUUUCAACGUUAGAAUCAAUAUUUUUUCAUAAAAUGCAAUCACAUGUACGUUAUGUGGCAAAAAUAUGCAUAGAAAUGUGAUAACCUAAAGAGUCUAUAAAGUGAUAACAUAUUAACCUAAAACUGUCAAAAGAAAAGUUAUAUACGUUAAUUUUUUAUUCCAUUUUUACAAAACACAUUUUUAUCUCUAAGGAGAUAAGUUCAGCUACUGAAAAGGCACACACAACUCGUUGUAAACAAGAGAUUUCCUACGCUAUUUCUGGAUAUUCGACAGUUAUUGAAAAAUACAUAUGCUUGUUAUUUUAUAAUAAUUUAUUAAAAAUUUAAAUUUUGAAAAUGUUACUUUUAAAACAAACAUUUUUGAGAUUACCGAAGAAAUAUGAAUUCCAAAAGACUUUGUUUCGGUUCAUAUACUUUGAUUCUACCAACAAAAUUGAAAGUCAAACAGAUAUAAAUUCUCCAAAAUACCAGAUGAACUACAAUCACAUGGAAUCUUUGGUUUCUGAGUUGAAGCAACGAACACUGGAAGCUUCACGCGGAGGCAAUGAUAAAGAUAUAAAACGCCACACAUCUCAAGGAAAGUUAUUGGUGAGACAACGGAUUCACAUUUUAUUAGAUAAGGGUUCACCUUUCCUUGAAUUGAGUCCGUUGGCUGGUUACAAUCUUUAUGAAGAUAAAAUAAAUGGUGGUGGUAUUGUAACUGGAAUCGGAAGGGUUCAUGGUACAGAAUGCGUUAUCAUCGCAAAUGACGCUACCGUGAAAGGUGGUACUUAUUAUCCAAUAACAGUUAAAAAGCAUUUACGUGCACAGAAAAUCGCUUCAGAAAAUAACCUGCCAUGUGUUUAUUUGGUUGAUUCUGGUGGUGCAUUUUUACCCCUGCAAGCAGAUGUGUUCCCAGAUAAAAACCACUUCGGGAGAAUUUUCUAUAAUCAAGCCAAUAUGUCCUCACAAGGACUCGCACAAAUAUCAGUUGUUAUGGGUAGCUGUACUGCUGGUGGCGCAUAUAUUCCAGCAAUGGCCGAUGAAAGUAUCAUUGUUAAAAAUAAAGGAACUGUAUUUCUUGCUGGACCACCAUUGGUAAAAGCUGCCACCGGUGAAACGAUUUCUGCAGAAAAUCUCGGUGGUGCUGACUUGCACUGUAAAAUUUCUGGUGUAACUGAUCAUUAUGCAGUUGAUGAUGAGCAUGCAUUGUACCUUGCUAGAAAUAUCAUAAAAAACUUGAAUAUAUCAACCAGAAUUUCAAAAAAUUCCUCAAAAUUUGAAGAAAACAAUAUGGAUAAUGAGGAACCAGCUUACAAUCCAAAGGAAAUAUAUGGUAUUAUUGAGUCGGACUUAACCAAACUGUACGAUGUUCGUGAGAUUAUAGCUCGAAUCGUUGAUGGUAGUCGAUUCGAUGAGUUUAAAAAACUUUACGGAGAAACUCUCGUGUGUGGUUUUGCUCGUGUAUAUGGUCAGUUGAUAGGAAUAAUUGGCAAUAAUGGUGUAAUAUUUCCCGAGAGUGCAUUGAAAGGCGCACAUUUUGUUCAACUUUGCUGUCAACGACAAAUUCCACUGGUUUUUCUACAAAAUAUAACAGGUUUUAUGGUUGGUUCUCACGCUGAAGCAAAUGGAAUAGCUAAAAAUGGUGCAAAAAUGGUGACAGCUGUAGCUUGUGCAAAUAUACCAAAAAUUACAUUUUUAAUCGGCGGAUCUUAUGGGGCUGGGAAUUAUGGUAUGUGUGGUCGUGCAUAUUCUCCACGUUUUCUCUUUACGUGGCCAAAUUCAAGAAUUUCAGUCAUGGGGGGAGCUCAGGCUGCAAACGUUUUAGCACAAAUUGCAGAAGACCAAAAUAAACGAACUGGCAACAUAUGGAGUGAAGAAAAGUCAAAUCAAAUUCGAACACCUAUUGUUGAACAAUUUGAAAGAGAAGGAUCGCCCUAUUAUAGUACAGCUAAUUUAUGGGAUGAUGGCAUUAUUGAUCCCGCUGACACAAGAAAAAUUCUCGGCCUGAGUUUGCAAGUGGUGAAAAAUUCAAAGUCAUGUGAAACAAAAUUUGGAAUAUUUCGGAUGUAAUAAAAUAAAUCAGUAGUGUACGGAUAGGAGAGGUUUGAAUUUUCUUGAGUUUUUGAUUUGAAAAGUGAAGACCUUUUUUUGCUCAACAAAAGUUGGAAAUUGGAUAAAUUUUUUCGAUUUUCUAGCGUUUUUCGAUUUAAAAAAUUUACCUCGCGUGUGCGAAAUAAAUGAAUAAAUAAUAAAAAAUGAGGCCAAAAAAUGCCAAAACACUAUGUAACACAUCCUUAAUGUACAAUAGAUUGUUUCCCAUAUCUGUAAUUAAUAAAACGGUAUGUUUCAAUUUAAA